AUGCAGCAAUCAACACGGAAAGAAGAAGGAGAAGGAGAAGAAGGGCAUCCGCAAUAUUUAGAGCCUAGUGAACUGGGCACAAAGGAAUAUUGGGAAACGUUUUAUACACGCUCACUAGAGCACAUUGCGUCGAAAAAAAGGGCUGAUCGUCAACUCGAUGCUGAAAAUGAAUCUACCCAGGAGGAUCAUGAUGGUGAAGCAGCAGAAAAAGAAGAAGAAGAAGCCGACGACGAUGAUGAUCCGGGAACAUCCUGGUUUUCUGAACACGAUGCACCACUCAAAGUGCUCAAGUUUCUAACAUCUCGCAAAUUCCCGCUUUCUCCACGACGACGACAACGACAGCAGCAACAGGCGCCGCCGCCGCCGCCAAGUAUUCUGGAUUUGGGGACGGGGAAUGGGAGUAUGCUUGCCAUGCUUCGGAAACGUGGUGGGUUUACGGGGGAGAUGGUUGGGGUUGAUUACUCUGCUCAGAGCGUGCAGUUGGCGAGGGAGCUACAGCGGUUAAAGUUGCAUUCUGCGUAUGAGUCUGAUGACGACGACGAAGAAGAGUCCGAGGAAGAGGAAGAAGAAGAAGAAGAGCACGAAGACGUCGUCGUAGCAAGCAACACGGGCUCUGCAGAAGCCAUCCCCGUGGAUAAGCAAGACAUCCGCUUCGAGGAAUGGGAUAUUCUCGACCCAGCCAACGAAGACGCGUUGGGUUUGCUGCCCCCUAGCAGCACUGAAGAAGAAGAAGAAGAAGAAAAGCAACGGAUCCCGUGGUUCCCUUAUCGACAAGCCGGAUUCGACAUUGUCCUCGACAAGGGCACUUUUGACGCCGUCUCACUGUCUGACGAAACCACUGACAACGCCGCUGAACAAGUAACCAAAGCCGGCAAAACAGUCCAGCCACGUAUCUGCCACAAAUAUCCGCGCGUGGCGGCCAGGCUAGUGCGUCCCGAUGGAUUCUUGGUUGUGACCAGCUGUAACUGGACUGAGGAGGAGUUGGUGCAGUGGUUCACAGCAACGGGCGAGUUGUCGGUUUGGGGCCGCGUGGAGUAUCCGCGGUUUCGCUUUGGGGGGCAUGAAGGGCAGGGGGUGUGUACAGUGUGUUUUAGACGGGGGUUACAGUAG